UUUUUUUUCUUUUUCCUCUUUCCUCUUCUGUACAUAGGAGAUUCCACUAUGGCUCAAAAAGUCCAGAAACUUGUAGCUAAAGUUCCCACACUUCUGAGUGCCGCUGUCACAUACUCCAAACCUCGGCUUGCGACCUUCUGGUACUACGCCCGGGUGGAGCUGAUCCCUCCGUCCCCUGCUGAGGUCCCCAAAGCCAUAGAGGCCGCCAAGGGUCUGAUCAGGAGCUAUCAGACAGGACGCCUCACACAGAUCACAGUUAAAGAUGCCUUGAGGAAUGGACUGGUGACCACUGAGGUGCUGAUGUGGUUCUUUAUUGGAGAGUGCAUUGGCAAAGGGGGCCUGAUCGGAUAUGAUGUCUAAUGAAUGAAUUUCCUGUUAACUGACUUCUGAAUGUACUAUUGUCAACAAAUUCCACCUCAUUUUCAAAUAAAAUCAUGGAAUCAGU